GAGCUCAAACUUCACCAACUCCAAGCUGAAGGACGUCUGCAGGGUUCUGGACCUGGAGAAGAAAGGAACCCACUCAGACCUGGUGGACCGGAUCCUGACGUUCCUCAUCGCUCCAAAGAACAGUGGGAAGCGUGUUCCUGUGAAGAAGAAGAAGAGGUCCAAGAAGAAGCUCUCCAGCCACGAGCUGAAGCCCAAAACCAAGCAGAGCAGACCCACCGCCCGCAGCUCCGCCUCCAGACCAGGAAGCAAGUCCAAGGCCAUCGUGAUGGACUCCAGCAGCGACGAGGACGAAGAGGAGGAGGAGGAGAAGGCAGGGGCUUCAGCCGAGGCUGAGGGGUCCGAUGGAGAGAAGACCCCCUCACUGGAGGAGGAGGAGGAGGAGGAGGAGGGGUCUGCAGAGGAGGAGCAGGAGUCCUCCAAACCAAAGUCCAGCAGAGGGAAGAAGAAGAAGAAGAACUCUCCGGUCAGGAGGCACCGCACACCAACGAAGAAGACAGGACCUCCUAAGAAGAGGAGCAGGAGGGAGACUUCAGGAGAGUCUGAGCCCAGCAGUGACUCUGAUGACAAGCCAAAGAAGAAGAAACCUGCCGCCAAAACCAAGAAGGCCGACAGCAGCAGCAACAGGAAGAACACCAACCCAG